CUGUACGCAUAUAAACAAACACAUCAAACGAACAGUUGGCCUAUGUCACAAGAUGCGUAACAAAAGGUGCUUUUAAUGUCUAGCUAAACGAUGAGAGGGCAAAAUGAUCACCCCUUUCUAUGUAUUAUCGUUUAUUCUAAUUGUUUUAUUAUCAACGGUGAUUUGUGUUAACGGCGAAAGUGAAUUAUUCCCGGAUGACUUGCUUUCCCCGUAUCACCAAUCAAGACAACGUACAAGGCGUUCUCUUCGCUAUAUUCGCGAUUGCCAGCCAGUUCAUUUCGGAAACUUGACUCAUGAGGAAUACGCCUCCUCUACGACUCUACCGUCUGGUCGACCAUUCGUCCAAAUCAAGAAUAUCUUCUACGAGUACGAUGUUGGUUUUAGCAAAAAAGAAGUUCAUGGCCAUGUAAGCGUGGCGGAAAACCCUCUCAGGACUUUCUCUAUUUUGGAGCCCGUCGAGAAUGGAGGCUGUAACAAGUCGCUAAGAGCGACAGUAGCCGAGAGCAGUCGACAAAGGAAGUGUUAUGUUGCCUCCAAUGCGGGUUAUUUCAGAACCAAGAAUGGGAAUUGCUUGGGGAAUAUCGUCAGUAAUGGGAAUUUAGUCAUUGACGCGGAUGGCAUUCAAAAUGUGAAUUUCGGUAUUCGGAAAGACGGUAGCAUAGUUACUGGGUACUUAUCAGAAGAAAUGGUACUAGACCAGGAAAACCCUUUUGUCCAGCUGGUGACUGGUGUUGUGUGGCUAGUGCGGAAUGGCCAGACCUAUGUUGAUGUGAGUAAGAAGGCGGAGUGUGAGGACCUAGAGGAGACAGGGACUGUGGAUCAGUUUGUGAAUGUGUUGUCGGCAAGGACUGCUAUUGGUCAUGACGCGCAAGGCAGGGUGGUCAUUGUCCAUGUAGAUGGCCGGACAUCACAUAGAGGGAUGAAUUUGUACACAUUUGCCAAACUGCUGUUAAAGUAUGGCCUGGUGAAUGCUAUUAAUCUUGACGGAGGCGGCUCAACAACGAUAGUGGUGAAUGGUACCGUGGUGAACUACCCUAGUGAUGGAUGUGGUGACUUCAUCUGUGCGAGAGAGGUUUCCACCAUUGCCUGUUUCCACACCCCAGACUGUGAUCCGCUGGACUGUAAUGGGCGUGGCACAUGUCAGAUGGGGGAGUGUGUCUGUGACCAUCCCUGGACAGGCCCUGGGUGUGGCACCCUUGAGUGCAAACUAACAAAUUGCUCCAUGAAUGGAGUUUGUACUAAAGAUGGUUGUUUGUGCAACACAGGUUGGAUGGGAAGAGAUUGUUCUAAAGCUUGCCCUGGUGGGACGUUUGGUGUUAACUGUACCCAGAAGUGCUUGUGUUAUAAUGGUGGUAGCUGCGAUGUUGUGAGUGGCACCUGCUCCUGUCCCCCUGGUUGGAUGGGAAGACUCUGCCAACUCUCUUGUCCGCCAGGAAGGCAUGGGGCGUCGUGCCUGAUGUCAUGUGACUGCAAUAAUACCUGCUAUUGUGACCCUGUGACUGGGUUAUGCCCUUCCCAGGAUGCACCUGGGUCAGACCAUUUGUUAUUAAACCAGACAACUCAAUGGCAAUCUUGCUUAGAUGCAUUUAGAGAAGACACAACAAAGGCAUCUGGUUACGACUUUAUGGCACGGGAGGCGGUCAAAUCGGAAUACAGGACUUUGUUUACAUGGUUUGUUGGUGUCAUAAGCCUGUGUGGGGCUAGCAUUCUUGCAAACUGCAUACUAAUCUACAUGCAGUGCGACAAGUCUACGAAAAAUAAGCGUAGAAGAUACAAAACUAGAAAGGCAGAGGAGGAGGAAUUUAUUUUUAUGUUAGAUGAAGAGUUAUGAUGUCUUUCAUGAAAUUUCACAUUGUCAAAAACAUGUCAAAUGUGACAGUCUUGUUUUGGAAUAAUUCUUAUAGCAAACAAAAUGCAGAAUUCAUAAGGACUUACUACAGUAGAAAUGUUAUUUAAAUUAUAUCUUAACUAUCAUCCUGGUGAAUAUCCUCAAAUCUGCAGAAAUUAAUAUAUUAUCUCCUGAUGUACUUAUCCAAUUGAGUGACUUUAAACCCAUCCAUCUGUGUGUAGUUAGUCAUUAUUUAAUAUCAUUUUCAAUAAAGAGAAUUAAAGAAACAUUUAUCUUUA